AUGGAAGAUCCUCCUUUGAGGCCGACGGGCAACAUAGAACGGUUCAACAUCAUCCGGAAUCAAAUCAAGUUCUAUAAUAACGUCCAAGUGACAGCAUGGUACAGCGUGCCCCGAUCUGUGCUUGGUGCUUCCGAUAGCAUUACAAACCUUGUCUAUGCCGCGUUAAGAGAGUUGAUCAACAUCCAUCCGAUCCUUGGGGUCAAUGUGAAGGAUGAGGAGACACCGGCGCCAAUGUGGGCCAGACUGGACAAGAUUGAUCUUCGCGACAUUGUGAAGAUCAUAGAGUCGGACCUCGAAUCGACUUUUGACAAUUGGGCACAAGAUGGGCAUCGAGGCUCGAUUGGAAGUAGUGAAGAGCUUCCGCUUUGGCGGGUUGUCGUCGCGGCCCCGCCCUCCGAGACGAAGGAAGAUGAAUCGACCAAGAUCAAAGAAGUGACGAGGUUUGCCGUCGGGUUCUUCUUCCAUCAUGGGAUAGGGGAUGGGCUCUCUGGAGGAGCAUUCCACUUGACCUUCCUCAACGCCUUGAACCGUCUCAUCACCAACGAUCCUAAAGCAUCUCUUGAUAACUCGACGCUUGCCGUGGUACCGGUCCCGAAGAAGGAUUUACUUCCAAAUCUUGAGAUGAAAACGCCACUGCCAAUCUCCAUAUUGUUUAUGGCGAAGGAAAUUUUCAAGGCCUUCAUCUAUUCGCCCGUCGAUUCCUUGCUAUGGACUGGCCCGCCUAUUAGCACGGAGUUACCUAGGCCACCGAUCACCACCGUUCGCAGUUUCUUACUGCCAGCAUCUAUAGUUGAUGGUCUCGUCUCUCUAUGCCGACGAGAAAAAACCUCGGUCACAGCUCUUAUUACCAUCCUUAUAGGCCGCAAACUCGGAAUGAUGUAUCCGAAGUACAGCCACUUUGUGGGCACUCUUCCAGUAUCCCUGCGCAAGUUCACAGGCAACACCAACCUCGACAUAGGCCUCUACGUCUCCGGUGCCACCGUCAAAUUUUCCAGCACUGCAAACCCCCCUCGUGGCUAUAUCGGAGGCGAUGCGCACCUCUGGGACGCGGCCCGCCAAUGUAAAAAAGACAUCGAUGCCCAGAGUGCCUCGCCUUACGACCAAAGUGUCGGGUUGCUCAAAUUCAUAGCGAAUAACUUCAAGGGGUAUUUUGAGGGGAUGUUGGGGACGAAACGGAGUGCCUCUUUUGAGGUCUCGAAUCUGGGGCUUCUCGAUGGUGGCGAUGGGGGAGAGCAGGGGGGGCGAGCCUACUUUGACCGAGUGAUGUUUUCCCAGGGCGCGUGGACGUACGGGCCGCCGUUCUGUUUCUGUGUAGCGACGGCGAAGAAUGGGGGGAUGAGUGUAGCGUUGUCUUGGGAUUCGAGUGUUGCCGAGGACGUGAAAGCGGAGGAGCUUUUGGGAUGGUUAGAGGGAGAAUUGAGGGGUUUAGUCCGCGAGUGA